UGCCGCAGCACCUCCAGGUGAUGAUCAACCUCCUUCGCUGCGAGACAGAAUCAAGUUGGCCGUGCGCUUAGAAAGUGCCUGGAGCGAUCGCGUGAGGUACAUGGUGGUCGUCUACAGCACUGGGCGCCAAGACACCGAGGAGAACAUUCUCCUGGGCGUGGACUUUUCCAGCAAGGAGAGCCAGAGUUGUACCAUUGGGAUGGUGUUACGUCUGUGGAGCGAUACGAAGAUCCACCUGGAUGGAGACGGCGGGUUCAGCGUCAGCACGGCGGGCAAGACCCACAUCUUCAAACCCGUCUCGGUGCAAGCCAUGUGGUCUGCCUUGCAGAUCCUCCACAAAGCUUGUGAGAUGGCUCGGAGGCACAACUACUUCCCGGGGGGGAUGGCGCUUGUCUGGGCCACCUACUACGAGAGCUGCAUCGCCUCCGAGCAGAGUUGCCUCAACGAGUGGAAACGCCAUGCAAGACCUGGAGUCUCCACGCCCCGACUCGCCUGCUCUCUACAUGGACAAGCCCACCGAGCGAGAGAGGCAGAACGGCUGAUCAAGGCCCAGCUCCGGAGCAUCAUGAUGAGCAAAGAUCUGGAGAACGUGACUUCCAAAGAAAUCCGGAACCAGCUGGAGAAGCAGAUGAGCUGCAAUUUGAAUGAGUUCAAGGAAUUCAUCGACAAUGAGAUGCUGCUCAUCUUGGGUCAGAUGGACAAGCCCUCCCUCAUCUUCGACCACCUCUACUUGGGGUCUGAAUGGAACGCCUCAAACCUGGAGGAGCUUCGAGGCUCAGGCGUGGACUACAUUUUAAACGUCACCAGGGAAAUCGACAACUUCUUCCCGGGGUUGUUUGCCUACCACAACAUCCGCGUCUAUGACGAAGAGACGACCGACCUCCUCGCCCACUGGAACGAGGCCUAUCACUUCAUCAACAAAGCCAGGAAGAACCACUCCAAGUGCCUAGUCCACUGCAAGAUGGGCGUGAGCCGCUCGGCCUCCACGGUCAUCGCCUACGCCAUGAAGGAGUUUGGAUGGUCCUUGGAGAAGGCCUACAAUUACGUCAAGCAGAAGCGCAGCAUCGCUCGGCCCAACGCUGGGUUCAUGAGGCAGCUGCUGGAAUACCAGGGCAUACUGGAUGCCAGCAAGCAGCGCCACAACAAGCUCUGGAAACAGCAGGCGGGGGGCGGCUUCCCCCCCACUUCGGAGAGCUCCGCCGGGCCCAAUGAUUUCCUGCUUGGCAGCCUGGAGGAUGCGGACCUGGGACCUCCCGGCCCGCCUCUCUGCGCAGACCGCCGGAUGCCCCUGGAGUUGGUGGGCCUCCAUUACUGCCUGCGGCGCCUCUCCGACUCCUUGCCAGUCCCCCGGGUGGGGGACCUGGAGGCAGAGUCCAGUCUGGAGGAGAACCUGCUGGGGCAGGUGCAGGCAGGAGAGCCGGAGGUGGAGGGGCAGGCCGAGCCGCCCAGCACUGCAGACACCGAGAGCCCCCCAAAGCCCGAGGCCGGCCAGCCGAGGGAGGAGGAGAAGCCGCCUGAGCGAUGGAAGCGGCGGUCGCUGGACGGGGAGGGCAGGCACAACUGCGAGAACCUGAAUAACAACAACAGUAAGAGGAGCUGCCCGGAUGACUUUGAACAUGAUGCCCUGUUUGGGAUCCUCCACAAAGUCAAGCCCCACUACAAGUCUUGCACCGACUGCCUGUAUCCCUUGGGUGGCUCCCCUCCCGAAGCCUUCAGGGACUCCCCGGAGCUCCUGCCAGCCGAGGCCCCUUGCCACCCUGCCACCGUCUGCACCCAGCCCUCCUUCCCAGCCUUUCUGGAGCAGGCCCUCCGCAAGGCGCCUCUGGAGGAAUCCCAGGGACCGAAAGCCGACAGUUCGCUCCCGAUGGUGGUGGGGAUGAACGCGGCGGCCCAGGACGUCGGUCCCGAUCAGCCGGCUCCAGGCUGGCCCUGCGGCCCUUCUGAAAAGCCCAGGGAGGCCCCUAAAAGCCCAGCGGCUGCCUCGCUGGACUCCAGGCAUUCUCUCUGUGAGAGAAGCCCCCUCUUCAAGCAAGAUCCUUUUCCACGAAAAGAUGCUCGGCAGACCAAGGACCUGAAAUACUUGCUCUUCAGCAAAGAUCUGGAGAGGCCAACCGCAAACAGCUACCUGAUGCAACACCAGGAGUCUCUUCUUCAGCUCCAGAAAGCGGGUUUAGUCCGCAAGCACACCAAGGAGCUGGAGCGCCUCAAGGCCCUGCCACCCGACCCAGCCGGGCAGGGCAAGGAGUCUUCUGGAGGCCCCGCCGACGUUGUGACCAUAUUGGAAGAGGAUCCCCAGGAGGAGAUGGUGGUGGUUGAGGGCCAACUGCAGCCCUCCUCUCAAGAUGUCUCCGAGAAGCUCCUGAAGACGCUUCUUGCUUCCGGAGCCUCCCAGAAGACCUCCACGCCCGCCCCCUCCAAGGUGGACCACAGCAGCACCUUCACAAAGGACUUCCUGAAGACCAUCUCCUACACCCCGUCUUCCUCCAGGAGCUCCAACCUAACACGCAGCUCCAGCAGCGACAGCAUCCACAGCGUCCAUGGGAAGCCCGGGCUGGUGAAACAGCGGACGCAGGAGAUCGAAACCCGGCUGCGGCUGGCCGGCUUGACCAUCUCCUCUCCGCUGAAGCGCUCCAACUCUCUUGCCAAGCUGGGCAGCCUCGACCUGGCCUCCGAGGACCUGGCGGGAGAGGUGGACCUGUCGCUCUUGGCCCAUCCGAGGGAGGCCACGCUGGGCGAGUCUCCCAUCCUUUGCAACCUCCUUUCCUGGAAGAAGAUGGGGAAAAGCUGACACCCUUGUGGGGCUGUUCUUUUAAUGGUUCCUUUUAGUUUCGUCUGUACUCGAUGCAAUUUUAUCCUGUCCCGAAAAGAAGAGAGAGUUGCCUUCCGCUUCUCAGGUGGCCCUUCAAGCACAGGGGUAAGAGAGCAGUGGCACCUGAGAAGGGGACCCGCUCAAGGAGAAGGCUCAGGGCCCUUGUGCCUCCCUCAGGGCCUCUUCUGGACUUCGAUUGGGCAGUGCCAUCCUUCCUUACAUGCCAAAAAAGAUUAAAAGAACCCAGAGAUUUUGCUUUGAAGGCCAAGCCAAGCGUUAGGCUUCCUCCUUUAAGAGUCCCCCCAUGCAGGGGCCCAAAGGGGACACGAAUGCUACCUCCAGUUUUCAGAUCUACGUAGAUAAAUAGAUAGGCAGUCACCUCUGCGUGUGUAUGUAGUUUAAGAUUUUUCAAAACCUCCCCCCGAAACAGAUUUUUUUCUAAGGAAAAGAAUCGUCCCUGGGUGAAUAGGAUUAUCGCCCUGGUGGUCCCAUGGCUCCCUCAACACACCUGGAAUGGCAGAAGAGUUUUUCCAGCAGAAAGCAUUUUUUGCUAAGCCAUCGCUGGACUGAAUCUACCAGCCAGGGGCCCCCCGUCUGAACUGACCAGUGGCUGGCAAGGCUGUUUGUUUUCCCUCCACACUUGAUAGUUUUGUUUUUUUGGGGGGGGGGGUUGUUGUUGGGUGGGAGCCCCCUGAAUCUCCCUCCCUUCUGCUGUACCUGUUACAUGUGGGAGAUGUUUACUAUUUCUCCCGAUCAGUUGAAAGCUGUAAAUGUCACUGUAGUGUUACCUAGUGAGGUAGGACCAGUAAUGUAUGUUUCCUGGGGCAUUAAACACUUUUGUUGAUAAAUCA